CAGGUUGCCAACAGUGCUCUGAAACGUAAUGACGGUUUUCAGAAAGGGUGAUCACGUGUGGCUGGAAACUCAUUCAAAUAGUGAAUUUAACGUCCCUAUUGGGGCAGUUGUGAAGGACUCGGACUCAGGACGGAUCUUGCUGGAGGAUGAUGAAGGCAAGGAGCACUGGAUCACGGCAAAGAACAUGCACAUGGUGCGCCCAAUGCACCCCUCCUCUGUCCAAGGGGUGGAAGACAUGAUCCGCCUUGGGGAUCUCCAUGAAGCAGGCAUGGUGCAUAACCUCCUCAUCCGCCACCAGGAGCACAAAAUCUAUACUUACACAGGGUCCAUCUUGGUAGCAGUGAAUCCAUACGAGCUGCUGCCCCUCUACACAGUCGAUCAGAUCCAGCUGUACUGUAACAAGAGGAUUGGAGAGCUGCCACCUCAUGUCUUCGCCAUUGCAGACAACUGUUACUUCAACAUGAAGAGGAAUAAGAGAGACCAGUGCUGUGUGAUCAGUGGAGAAUCUGGAGCUGGGAAGACUGAAAGCACAAAGCUAAUGCUGCAGUUUUUGGCAGCUAUCAGUGGCCAGCAUUCCUGGAUAGAGCAGCAAAUCCUAGAGGCCAACCCCAUUUUGGAAGCUUUUGGAAAUGCCAAGACAAUUCGAAAUGACAAUUCAAGCCGCUUUGGGAAAUACAUUGAUAUCCAUUUCAACCGAAAUGGUGUGAUAGAAGGAGCCCGAAUAGAACAGUUUCUUCUGGAGAAGUCCCGGGUUUGCUGGCAGGCUCCAGAGGAGAGGAACUAUCACAUCUUCUACUGCAUGCUCAUGGGGAUGAAUAUGGAGCAGAAAAAGAUGUUGAAUCUGGGCACUGCUUCAGAGUAUACUUAUCUCACUAUGGGCGACUGCACGUCCUGCGAUGGCAGGAAUGACGCAAAGGAGUAUGCCCACAUUCGCUCUGCUAUGAAGAUCCUCAUGUUCUCGGAUUCUGAGCACUGGGACAUCAGCAAACUGCUGGCUGCUAUCCUGCACUUGGGGAACGUGGAAUUUGAAGCGGCUGUGUACGAUAACUUGGACUGCUCUGAUGUGAUGGACUCACCACACUUUUCGAUUGCAGCCAAAUUGCUUGAGGUGGACUCCAGUGAACUCCAGAACAGCCUCACAAGCCACUCCAUCAUUAUCCGAGGAGAAAGUGUUUCCAGGCCUCUGAGCAUAGUUCAAGCUGCGGAUGGGAGAGAUGCCUUUGUGAAGGGUAUAUAUGGAAAGAUUUUCCUGUGGAUAGUGAACAAGAUCAACUCAGCCAUUUUCAACCCAGCUUCUCAGAACCCUAAAAAUACACGGCAGUCCAUUGGGCUGUUGGACAUUUUUGGGUUUGAAAACUUUAACAACAACAGCUUUGAGCAGCUCUGCAUUAACAUUGCCAAUGAACACCUUCAGCAGUUCUUCGUGCACCAUGUCUUCAAGCUGGAACAAGAGGAAUACCUUGCAGAGCACAUUGUCUGGAAUAACAUUGACUUCACUGAUAACCACCAGGCUCUGGAUAUCAUUGCACUCAAGCCAAUGAACAUCAUCUCCCUCAUUGAUGAAGAGAGCAAGUUCCCAAAGGGCACAGAUGCUACCAUGCUUGUCAAAAUCAAUUCCCUGCAUGGCAAAAGUAACGUCUACAUCCCGCCUAAGAGUGUCCAUGACACCAAGUUUGGUAUCAACCACUUUGCUGGGGUUGUCUUUUAUCAAUCAAAAGAUUUACUGGAGAAAAACCGGGACACACUGAGUGCUAAUGUAAUGCAAGUGGUCCAUUCCUCCAAAAACAAAUUCCUGAGGCAGAUUUUCCAGGUGGAAACAACCCCACCUACUCUUGGACGUGGGACCAUCAGGCAUCUUGGAGGUGACCAGUCCUACAAGGGCUUGGAUACCACCAAACGGCUCUCUACUCUGGGGGGACAGUUCAAGCAAUCCUUGGAGCAGCUGAUGAAAAUCCUUGGUCAGUGCCAGCCAUACUUCAUCCGCUGCAUCAAACCGAAUGACUUCAAGAAACCACUGCUGUUUGACCGGGAGCUGUGUAUCCAACAGCUGCGGUAUUCGGGGAUGAUGGAGACCAUUCGGAUCAGGAAAGCUGGCUACCCAAUUCGCUACAGCUUUGAGGAGUUCUUUGAGAGAUACAGAGUUCUCCUGCCAGGGUCUGUUCGAGAACAGCUGAAGAAUGAUGCUCGCCAGUGCUGCAUCAGCAUCUCCGAAGCGGUGCUGGGCAAGGAUGAAGGCUGGCAAGUUGGAAGGACAAAGAUUUUCUUUAAAGAUUAUCAUGAUAUGGUAUUAGAGCUGCAACGACACAAGGUACUUACAGAUAAGGUUCUUCUUAUCCAGAAGGUGAUGAGAGGAGUUAAAGACAGGAAGCAAUUUCUGAAACAGAGGAAGUCUGCUGUCACCAUUCAGACAGCCUGGCGAGGCUACUGCUGCCGGAAGGACUUCAGAAUGAUUCUGCUGGGGUUUGGGCGCUUGCAGGCCCUCAUCCGGAGCCGGCAGCUUGCUAAACAGUAUGAAACAGCCCGAGGUCAUGUCAUCAGGUUUCAAGCCUUGUGCCGUGGUUAUCUAAUGCGUAAAAAGAUAGCAGAACAGAAGAAAGCUGUAUGUGUUAUACAGGCAUAUGCAAGGGGCAUGUUUGCGCGCCAACGUUACCAGAGGAUGAAGAGAGAGAACGAGUGCAGGCUGGAAGCCAGGAAUAUCCGCUUGGAAGAGGAGAAACGUCUCAUCCAAGUCCUUGGACCAGUGAAGGCAAGGGAAGAAGCUAUGAGGUUAGAAAAGGAACACCUGGCUGCUCUGGAGAGAGAGGAGAUUGAAGCUAGACAAAGGAAGAAUAAUGCUCUUGCCAGUAGACCAACAAGUUAUGAUGUUAUCAGUGACCAAGAAAUGGUGGACAAAAUUUUUGGGUUUUUACCUUCCAUGAUUGGAGGCCAAGAAGGACAGGCUCCUCUGGGUUUUGAGGACUUGGAAACAAAGCCGAGCCGGUUGGAAGAGGUAGAUCUGGACAUGAUUCCCAUGAGCGUGGAGCUGGAAGAAGAAACGGAUGGCUUGGCAGAGUACACUUUCCCAAAGUUUGCAGCUACUUACUUUCAGGGGUCAUCUACUCAUACACACAUCCGGAGACCCCUGCGGCACCCACUGCUCUACCACGACGACAAGGACAAUGUCCUGGCUUCUCUGGUUGUGUGGGUCAUCAUCCUGCGGUUCAUGGGGGACCUGCCAGAGCCAACAAUGUUUGCCAAGAAUGUCACCACCAAGAGCAGCUCCGUGAUGACACAGAUAUAUGACACAAUUGGCAAGAAAAACCAGGUCCAGUUCAGGAGCAACAGCCCAAAUAUGAGAGACAGCGGAAAGGAUAACAAGACCUCCAAGGGGAUCUCUUCCCUGAAGCUGAAACGGUCCUCCAAGCUGACAGGGAAGGUGGCAAACCAGCUGAGAAGUGGAGAAGAAGCUUUCCAGGAGGACAGCUCGAUCUCUGAGAGACCUAUGUCCAACCUCGAAAAAGUGCACUUCAUUAUUGGCAAUGCAAUUCUGCGCCCUGCCAUCAGAGAUGAGAUUUAUUGCCAGAUUUGCAAGCAACUAAGUGAAAACAGCAACAGGAGCAGCUAUGCUCGAGGCUGGAUCCUUCUGUCACUUUGCCUUGGUUGCUUUCCUCCUUCAGACACAUUUGUGAAGUACCUACUGAACUUCAUCCACAAUGGACCCCCAGGCUAUGCACCAUAUUGUGCUGAACGUCUGAGACGUACCUAUGCCAAUGGAGCACGGACUGAACCUCCUAGCUGGCUGGAACUUCAGGCAACAAAGCAGAAGAAACCCAUUGUGUUUAAUGUCACACUGAUGAAUGGCCAAAGCAUCACUGUCCCUGCAGACUCUGCUUCCAUUGCCAAAGAGAUAUGUCAGUUCAUAGCAGAUAAAACCAAGCUGAAGGAUGUGUUUGGUUUUUCACUCUACAUUGCUGUGUUUGACAAGGUCUGGUCGCUGGGUGGGGGACGAGAUCAUGUCUUGGAUGCCAUCUCUCAGUGUGAGCAACUAGUGAAGGAGCAGGGCACCCAUGAACGUAACGCACCCUGGCGGCUCUACUUCCGGAAGGAAAUCUUUACCCCUUGGCACAACUGCCAGGAGGAUCCCUUCAGCACUGACCUCAUUUACCACCAAGUCAUUCGUGGUAUCCGUUUUGGAGAGUACCGCUGUGAGAAGGAGGAGGAUUUGGUGGAGAUAAGCGCAAAAUAUUGUUACAUCCAGUUUGGAGAUUCCAUCCACAAUGAGCUCGUGCAAAAAGUCCUCCACAACUGUAUCCCAGUGAAGCAGCUGAAGUCCAAGCCCUUGGAAAAGUGGGUGAGCCUUAUAACCUACGCACAUGCUAAGGCCCCAUACACACAGGACCACCUUUCCCGUCAGACUGUGAAGGAACAACUUGUGGAUUUCGCUCGCUUUCAGUGGCCUUUGCUUUUUUCUAGAUUCUUUGAAGUCACAAAGUUUUCAGGUCCCAGCUUGCCCAAGAACCACUUUAUAGUUGCCAUUAAUUGGAAAGGUAUCUGCUUCUUGGAUGAGUCUGAAAAACGGCUUCUUGAGCUGACCUUCCCAGAGAUAACCGGCAUCCACACCAACAGGGCAGUGAAGUCAUUUGGACAGAGCUGCACUCUCAUCACGCUUCGUGGCGAGGAGUUUGUCCUGACAUCUGUCAACAGCAUUGUAAUUGCUGAACUGGUGGUCAUGUUCCUGGAAGGACUGAAGAAAAGAUCACGAUUUGCUGUGGCGAUGCAAGAGAAAAAGCCCCAAGAAGACCCUGCCAUCCUGCCCUUCAAGAAGGGAGACUUGCUAAUCCUCCCCGAGGACAAAAGGCUGGAUGCAAACUCUGACUGGAUCAAUGCCCAGAAUGAAAGGACAGGCAAAACAGGAAACGUGUCUUUAGAAGAGAUCUACAUCAUUCCUUCCCUCACAAAACCAUCUAGUCAACUGCUGAGUUUGCUGAUGAUGUCUCCAGACCAGAGGAGGACAGCCUCCCAGAACUCCCACAUGGAGGAGCCUGACGAAGAGGAUGCCAGAGUGAAGCCUUACACUCUGGAGGAGUUCUCUUACGAACACUUCAGGACUCCCGAGAAGGAAUCCAUCAGCAAGGCUGUUCUCCAGAAAUCCCGUGGGCGCAGUCAGCUGUGGGCACACUCCAAGGAGCCCUUGAAACAGCCCUUGCUGAAGACAGCAUGCAUAGACCCUGAUCUUCGGGACCUGGCUUGUCAGGCCUUCAUUGCCAUCAUGAAAUUCAUGGGGGAUUACCCCUCGAAACAGGCUCAUUCCUCUGUGGAACUCACCGACCAGAUAUUUGUGGCAGCCAUCCAGGAGGAGGUUCUACGGGAUGAGAUUUACUGUCAGAUCAUGAAGCAGCUGACUGAGAACAGAAACAGGUACAGCGUGAACAAGGGCUGGCAGCUACUUUGGCUCUGCACUGGCCUGUUCCCACCCAGCAAGUCACUGCUGAAACACGCCCAGAAGUUCAUGGAGACACGUCAGAAAGAGACACUAGCCCUGGAAUGCAGUCGGAGGAUUCAAAGGGUGAUGAGGAGCGGCUCCAGGAAGUGGGCCCCUCAUCCUGUGGAGGUCGAUGCCAUCUUGCAGAACAACACUAAGAUCUCACACAAGAUUUGCUUCCCCAAUGAAACAGAGCAGACAUUUGAUGUGGGAACAAACACUAAAAUCCGGACUCUGUGUCAGAACAUCACUUCCAAAUUGCAGCUGAGCUCCUGGGAAGGCUUCAGCCUCUUUGUCAAGAUCGCAGACAAGGUAAUCAGUCAGAAUGAAGCAGACUACUUCUUUGACUCGCUGAGGCAGGUGACAGAUUGGAACAGGAAGAACAAACCAGGGAAAGAUGGGGCUACUAUGUCUGUGGCUUACGAGGUGUACUUCAUGAGAAAGCUGUGGCUGAGUGUAAUUCCUGGGAAGGACCUGAAAGCCGAUUCAAUUUUUCAUUACCACCAGGAGUUGCCGAAGUACCUCAGAGGCUACCACAAGUGUUCCAAGGAUGAAGCUGUCCAGCUGGCAGGGCUGAUUUAUAAAGUGCGCUUCAACAAUGACCGUACACAGCUGGCAACCAUCCCCAAAAUCCUAAAGGAGCUGGUGCCAGACAAUCUGCUCCGAGCAGUCUCACCAGAUGAGUGGAAGAAAAACAUUACUGCAGCGUAUAGCAAACAUGAAGGAAAAACUGUGGAUGAGGCGAAGGUUGCCUUCUUGAAAAUGAUACAUCGGUGGCCAACAUUCGGAUCAGCCUUCUUUGAGGUGAAGCAAACCUCGGAGCCAAAUUUCCCAGAGAUUGUGCUGAUUGCAAUCAACAAGCAAGGAGUCUCAGUGAUACAUCAGAAGACAAAGGAUAUUUUAACAGUUUACCCCUUUAAUAAAAUCUCCAACUGGAGCAGUGGGAGCACAUACUUUCAUAUGACAAUAGGGAACCUGGUACGAGGAAGCCGGAUGUUAUGUGAGACAUCUCUGGGUUACAAAAUGGAUGACCUGUUAACAUCCUAUGUACGCCUGCUAAUGAAUGCUGUAAACAAGCAAAAGAACCUGCCAGCCUGAGAGCAGAAAUAGAACCCGUGGACCUAUAUCUGUGCCAAAUUACCUAUAAUUUCAUCUCCCAGAAGAAAUGCCAUUUAAAAAUACUGAUCUUGGUGAUCAGUUUUCUGAUUACACACUGAGUGAACUGUGCUGCUGAAAUAUUGCAAGGGAAGCUCAAGUGAGCACGUGCUUUCAAACAUAUUUCAAACUUGUCUUUCUUAAAUAUAGUAGGUAAGUUCCAUUCAAACUUCAAUUUAGAGGACUUUUAAGCUGGAUUCUAAUCUAAUGUACAAGGGGAAAAACCCUAGACUAAUCUGAAAACCUCUUCUGAUAGAAUUCUAAGUCUCCUCCAAUCUUAAGAAGAGAGAUACUCUUUUACUUUUUUCCUUUGGAGAGAAACAUUACCCUUGUUUCAUACACUCUUACCAAAUGCAUAAAUUCCCUGAGUCUUUGCAAACAAAGGUAAUGUUAUUUUUUUCCUCCUAAUGUAAAGUUCCAAGAGUGGAGAAAUGUCCUUUAGUAGUAGGAUAAUUGGAGGUAAGAAGCUGUUUUUUCAUCCUUUUAUCACUAGGACACGUGCUGCAAGUUACAGUAGACUAAGACAGCCAGUUACUGUCACAACAUAAAUGUCACUCCUGUGUGCCACUAGACCGGUAGGCUGUUUGCUGGCUUACCAUUGCCUUAGUUAAAUUAGAUGGUUUUCUUUCUUCCACGUUUCUUUACGCACUAGGAAACUAAAGACUGCUUUCUGUUAUGUAGUUUCAAGUAAGCAUAAACAAACUCUGAAAUGAGUAUGGAUUUUGUGUCCAUUACUUUUACUCAGUAGCUCCUCUUUCAAGUUAUUGAUGUACUAUUCAGUGCAAAUCAGCAUUGAAAAACAGUCUAACAGACAUCUGUUGAAAAGAGACAUUCUUCUCUCUAAAAAUGUUCUCAGCAUGGAGUUAUGCAGACGUUCGCUCAUGAGACAGAAGAAUAUCAGUUACUAAUUUUAACAGUUUUAAUUUAUCUUGAUCUUUUAUAUUUCCUGUUUAUCUGACAAUUUGAGUGAUAAAAUUUGAUCCAGCACUUGUUCACCACAUAGACCUUCAUAAACACACAACUUGGGUCCCACAGGAGCAUCUCAGAGUCAGUAAAGCAUGGGCACUGUAGUGGCAGUAAGCCUAGAUGCUUACCCCAGCAGAGAGCAAGUACAGAUCCUCAAUGAAGAGCCUUCCUUUGCUCAGUGAAACAUGGACAUGUCUUAAAGCAUUUACACCAAGUUCCUUGAGAUACGAUCUGGCAGUGCCGGAAAAGCAGCUCUGCUGGUUCUCUCACUCUAACUUGCCAAUGUAUGCACAAUGGUUCCCUUGUUCCCUUGGAUAUGUGCGUGUGCAAUUCAAACACUAAUGGGAGUGUUGUACAUGCAUGGCAGGGAGAAGAGCCCCUCUCACUUUGUGCAUCGAAAUGAGUGCCACACUUGUCAGAAUAGUCGAUCCUUUUGCAAGCAAUUAGAUAUUCCUGCUGUAAUGUCCAUUGCUGGCAAUGGAAACUUUGAGACUACUGGCUUUGGUUGUUUUGUCGUCCUAUUUCUGAUCUAACUGGGUAUAGCUGAGAAGCAUUCUGUACUUUGCCUGUACAAAAAGAAAUUUUGCCGCUGACAUAUAUUGUUUCUGGUUUUUAAAUAAACAUUGUAGAAAAUCAACCAUGAUGAUGUCUUUUUCAACAAGAAAAGGUAGUAUUCACUCCAGGUCCAUGCAACUUAACCCUACCAAACAUAUAUCACAGUCUAUACAUGAUCUUAGCAUCCCAUCUACUUUUCAUAUACACAGUACAAUUUGUAUGGCAUAACCUCUAAAAGAAUGAUACCCCUUUCUGCACAUCAUCAUCAACCAACACAUCUCCACAAAAGCAGCAGAGAUCCAAAACCUGAAUUCAGCACAGCACUGAAUCAGAUCUGGGCAAUCCUCAUAGUUCCUAGGCGACUCACUCUGGCUCAGCAUUGUAAAUGUGAUUUUUUUUUUUUUUUAAACUCUACAAUAUACAGUCUUUUUUACAUGUUUUUAGUGUGAAGAUUUAAACUGUAAAAGUUAAGUUUAUUACAAGAAUAUAAACAAGUACAGUAUUACAAUAUUUUAAUCCACAGCCACAUGUUUUGGUUACACAGCACAAGCCAAGUGUAAUAAAAUGAGAGCUUCACACUGUGCAGAAUCCAGCCCUGCUCAUCAAGGUCUGAACCCAGGCAAGUAGCUGCUAAGUCCUUUACUCAGUCUGUAGUAUCCUCAGCACUUAAUAGCGCCUUACAGACUAGUAAAACUGCAUUUGUUGCAUGUUUGUCUGCAAUCGAUUCCACAACUAUCCAACCAUUGAUUUAGAGGUGUCAGUCACAGGAGUCUGCAUAAUCCAGUACAAAACACAUGACUUUCAGAAACUCUGUACAGAAGGUUGAACAAUAUUUGCCUACAUUGCAUAGGCUAUUGCAAAAUGAAGACCAGGACUCAAGCCCUAGAGAGCAAAUUAGCUUGCCAUAAAGAAAGAUAGCAUGUGAUUAACAUACCCUUUGAAUACAAAUAAGCUUCACAUACUGUGAUUUCUAAAAGCAUCACUGUAUUCAAGUGUACUCAGUGAACAUUAGUGAUUUUAAUUCAGUAUGUAUAAAUAUAAAUGUAAACUAUAAAAUUAUAUAAUGAGACAGCAGCUUUUCAUAAGGAAAGACUUGUAAGCCAAGUUCAAUCUUGAUAUAAAUCUACGGUCUUCAGUGGUGUGAUACCUAGGAUGAAUUUGGCCAGCAUGUCUGUUUACAGCAAUGGAAAAAAAAAAAAAAAA